AUGAUUUUUUUUAUACGUUCAACUAAUAAUCAAUCUCAAAUGGAAAAUCGAAUAAAAGAAGCAAAACAAGCUAUGAUUAGAACAUUAGAAAUAACUAAUGAAGAUAAAAUGAUUUGUGAACAAGUACAAAUUAAUCUUAAUGCUGGAAUAUAUAAAGCAGGAUAUUUAUCACCUUCAAUGGAAAAUGGUCUUUUACUUUUUCAAAAUAGAUUUAGAAAUGAAUUAAAACAUACUAAUUUACAAUUAGAAUAA